AAACAUCAUAAAAGGGUCCCUGGUAUGGAGCCGCUCAAAUCAUGCACCAGAGACUAAAUUUUCACAUCUUUACUAGCUAGAUACUAAAUCUCAUCAAUUUUCCAUCCACCACAUAUCACUCCUCUAUUUAAGAACCUCAUCCAUUACCAAAGCUCCAUCACUAAACAGUUAUCAUGGCAAACCCAACUCAUCUCUUCACUCUCCUCUUUCUCUUCUCAUUUUUCUUCGCCGGAAUCGUCAUAUCUGAAGAGGACUGUGUCUACACCGUCUACCUUAGAACUGGUUCGAUCCUGAAGGCGGGAACAGACUCAAACAUCAUCCUCACCUUAUACAAUGCAAAAGGCUACGGCAUAAAGAUCAACAACCUCGAAGCAUGGGGCGGGUUAAUGGGACCGGGUUACAACUACUUCGAGCGUGGCAACCUUGAUAUAUUCAGUGGUACAGCUCCUUGUUUGGACGGACCCGUUUGCAAGAUGAACUUGACUUCAGACGGGUCGGGUGAUCAUCACGGUUGGUAUGUUAAUUAUGUUGAGGUUACUACAACUGGUAUCCACUCUCCAUGUUCUCAAAAGCUCUUCACCGUGGAACAGUGGCUGGCUACCGAUACGUCGCCGUAUGAGCUUUCUUUUGUUAAGAAUAACUGCCCGUAUAAGGUGGGUCAGACCGAGGCGAAAGUAAAGACGGUUGAUGUUGUUAGAUCCGGGUCUGGGUCUGGAUCUGGAUCUGGUUUCUCGAUCUUGGGCUCCACCGUGCGCGUGUAAGAUUAGAUCGAUAAAUCUAGAUGAUUCGCGGGUUAUAUUUAAUAAUGGGAUGGUUUCUUCUAUUUGCAUCGCUGGUUUCAGUGUGAAACAUAUUUUGGGUAUCUUUUGUUAUGCUUUGAGUUUACUUUGCCGAUAGUGAGAGUUCUACGCGGUCUUGUUUAGUUUGUAAAGUCAUUGGGUUUCUUAUCUGGAACCCUGUAUUUUGUAUUAUUGUUGAAUAAAAAUGGGUUUCAGCCGGGGCUUUUGGACUUUGA